AUGGGCAUCCGGGGACUCGGUGUUGCUGUCCGUCGAUAUGGCAAAUUCAGCUCGCUAAACGGAGACACGGUCGUUAUUGAUGGACCUGCCCUGGUCCACCAAAUAUAUGACGGAUGCAUGCGCCAGAGACCCCCAACCAAUGGCUUCAUCUGUCAGCCUUCAUAUGCGACCCUUGGCCGCAUGGUCACGGGAUGGCUCGACGAGCUACGGCAGCACAAUGUCGCUGUCCGAAAGAUAAUCUUUGAUGGCUACUUGCCCCCAGGCAAGUGGCAGGUCAGGCAGCAACGGCUGUUGGAACAGUCCCAGCUAAUGAAGGGCCUGUUAGCUUCCCACCCCGAUGGCUCAUGCGUUCUACCUGAAGAUGCUUUCGAAACUAUCAAGAGCGGGAUUAUCCUCACCCAGACUGUUGGCGCCUCCUCCAACCUUCGCUGGCUCCCUAGGCCUCCCUUUCUCGUACCGGCUGUCGUUGAAAUCCUCAAGGGCUGCCGCACCUGGGGUCCGCUGGUCGAAGUUGUCUCGGGCGAGGCCGACAUGUUCUGCGCCGAGGAUAUUCGACGCCACGGCGGGGUACUCUUGACAAGCGAUUCAGAUUUGCUCAUCACUGAUCUUGGUCACGAUGGCAGUGUGAGCUUCUUUGCCGAUAUCGCCGUAACUGAUCGCUCAGCUGAACCGCAAGGAUUGCUAGCUUCCAAGUUUUCAUUGGAAUCUAUCAACGAUGCUCUCGCUUUGAAUAAUCUUGGCGGUCUACCUCGAGUUGCCUACGAAAUAGCGAGGUCUCGCAGUAGCUUCAAUGAGGCACUAGAACGAAUAAGAAAUAGAAAUUAUGAGGAUAUUUUGCAUACAUCGGAAUAUCAGACUUUCCUUGAAGAAUAUUCCAUGAAGGAGUACCUGCCAAUGGACCAUCGUAUGCAGAGCAUGAUCUCAACGCUUGAUCCGAGGAUAUCUGAGAUCGUAAUACAAACCUUACUAUUCACUGGUGACGGUAUAGUACCAGAUGUAAACAGUGCUCAGCACUCACGUGGCCCAGAGACUCUAGCCAUGUUUCUACCUAUCUUGAUUGAAGACCGCUCUAGAAUUAGCGCUUGGACCAACAGUACAGCCGUUCGUCAAGUUGCAUAUAGUAUCAUGCAAACGUUUGCCGUUCACAAAUCGCCCGUUGUCAUUGAAUAUCGGACACUUAUGGCAUCUAAUACAUCGAUAGGUAGACAAGUCGAUGUAUUAGGGCUCGAGGAAGCCUAUGAGCAGUGUUCUUCGCUAGUGCAUACUCUGAAGCAACUUGCUAAUCGUAUUCCAAGUGCAGACAUGCGGUGGCUUGCGUUCGCCAUCUAUCAAGAUGUGAUGUGGUCGACCUCUGAAGAGCGGUCGCCACUAUCCGCUUCACUGAUCCACAAAGCGGAGCUCCCAUCUGAUGACGAGCGCUGGCAUUCGUGGGAUAUGAUACACUUCACAGCCCAAGUAGAAGCUUCACUCUACUCCUUGAGAAUAACAAACCAAAUUUUAGACGUUGCUGUAUCGCUCGCUCAGGACCUGCCUCCUCAAGUGCGAGAAUUAUGCGAGCACCUCGAUGCGCUCCCUGCAAUCGCAGAUUGGCCAACACUGGAAAGCAUGCCGCAUUUGCUGGCUACUGCUAAGAAAGUCGAUAUUCUCGCCAUCAUCACGGACAUACUUGGUAUUCCGCCAAUCCAGGUAGAAGAGAAGUCAACGGAAACGAAUGGCGCGAAGAGGCGGGAGAAACGGAAGAAUGGAACCGGGCUUUUGAGAAGCGAGAGAGAUCCGAAACGACCCGUAUCUGUCAACCCGUUUGCUGUUUUGAGCAAUACAAGCCAAGAUUGAUGAGGAGAGCUAUACAUUUGUGACAACUUUAAUACACUCAUGAUACCCUAAAUUCAUAAGGCCUGCGGCGUCCUUAAACAGGUACAAGACCAGUAUACAGCAAUCAAGACUGGUAGAUAACUAUCUGCCUACCACGCGCGAAGCUAGAACCUAUUCGUACCCAUAUAUGAAGAUUCUCACUUGAAGGCGCUUAGCUAUAGACCAACAAAGGCAGCCUCAUGGUACUCCGCGGCCGCAUAGUCUACAAAACCAGUUAACCACGGU